AAGCAUUAGACGGUUUGUUAGAACGCAGUACCCGCCACGUCGUGAUCUUCCUUUAUUAACACUCCGACAGCUCCUACCCGGCCCGGCAUUCUUCAAAGCCGUUAACCUAACUCCGACGAAGUACCAAAAUUCCGAUCAUUUUCAAUUUCUGAAAAUUUUUAGUACUGAAUCCGAAAAUUCAGUUAAGAAUUACUAAUAAUUGAGUGAGAAGGAGAAAAACGAAAUGGACAACAGAGAAGUAGAGAACGGAGGAGGAGGAGUAUGCUCAUCGGAAACUGUUAACGGCGGCGAAGAUGUCUUCAGUUGCGAAAACUCCGAUACUUCAUCUGCUGAUCAUCUUGUAAUAAUGGUCCACGGUAUACUCGGAAGCACAACUGACUGGAAGUUUGGUGCUGAGCAGUUUGUUCGGAGGUUUCCUGACAAAGGUUUUGUUCAUUGUAGCGAAUGUAAUAUUGGAAAACUAACAUUGGAUGGUGUGGAUGUAAUGGGUGAGAGAUUGUCAGAGGAGGUUCUUGAAGUGAUCAAGAGAAAGCCAGAUCUGAAGAAAAUUUCUUUUGUGUCACACUCAGUUGGAGGGUUGGUGGCAAGAUAUGCCAUUGGGAGGUUAUAUAGACCUCCUAGAAUGGAGAAUAUUGAGGAUUUAUCAGCCAAAGCAUGUGUAGAAGGGUUCAAGGGUUGCACAAUAGCUGGUUUGGAACCAAUAAAUUUUGUCACUGUUGCCACACCUCAUCUUGGGUCUAGGGGUAACAAGCAGGUGCCAUUUCUGUUUGGUGUAACUGCCUUAGAGAAAGCUGCUUUCCAUGUAAUCCAUUUGAUAUUUAAAAAAACGGGGCGGCACCUUUUUCUUUGUGAUAAUGAUGAAGGGAGGCCUCCAUUACUUAAACGCAUGGUGGAAGACGAUGGUGAACUACACUUCUUGUCUGUGUUGCGUUCAUUCAAGCGCCGAGUUGCAUAUUCAAAUGUUGGCUAUGACCAUAUUGUUGGUUGGAGAACAUCAUCUAUUAGACGUAAUAAUGAACUACCCAAGUGGGAAGACUCCUUGAAUGAAAAGUAUCCUCACAUUGUCUAUGAAGAACAUUGUAAGGCAUGUGACUGUGAGCAAGGUGAGUCUGUUGUGAAGGAAGAUGAUUCUUUGGACAAGGUGGAAGAAGAAUUGGUGACUGGUUUAUCUAGAGUAUCAUGGGAUAAAGUGGACGUUAGCUUUCACAGGAGCAGGCGUAAAUUUGCUGCUCACAGUGUUAUUCAGGUGAAGGAUCAAAAACUGGAUGCUGAAGGUGCUGAUGUUAUACAACAUAUGAUCGAUAAUUUUAUCGUAUAGAGGCCAAAUCAAAUAUGAAACUUUCUAGGUGAUCAAUGAUUUGCAUGGAGAGGCAGAUCUAGAGGGUUUAUUAUCAGUUCACAGGAACGUAGUAAUUUUGCCCAAACUCUCUAUAUAUAUUAAAAAAUUUGUUAAAUAUUUAUAAAAAUGAUUGUGUAACUAAGUUAUUAUUAUAGUAUUAACUUGAGUUUGUUAUAGGAACUCAUAAAAUUCAAAUUUUGGAUCCUGCCAGACUUGCAGGUAAGGUUCUCUUUGUCACUUCUAUGACUUGUAAAAACGAUAAGCCAUAUUAGGAACGAUAUUAACUCACUGUUUUUGUGCUCUAGUGUACAUGGUCACAGGUCCAUUCAUCAACGAUAUAUAUUACUCUGUUUUAAUUUGCUUU